CAAAGGUUUUAUAUGUAAUACAGUAAUAUUGAGAAAGUAUUUAAUAUAAAUUGCAACACAGGGCUUAGCAAAUCUAGGAAACACUUGCUUCUUCAAUGCUGUACUUCAGUGUUUGGCACAAACGCCUUAUUUGGUGAAAGUGUUGGACGACCUCCGUCUACCCGGACAUAAAUUUGUUUUACCAGGUGGAAAACACAAACCCGUCGAUACUGAGGAAGAGGUGGAACUGCCACCGAUUGAAGGAACCUUAGAGCGAUGGGGCAGUUUCACAUCGAUCCUCUGCGAAACCCUAUCGAAAAUGCAGAAUACCAAUGGUCAUCAAACUUAUACGCCCUUGAAUCUUCUCUAUAAACUCAGAAAAAAAACUACUCAAUGCGUAGAUGGAGGACAGCACGACUCACAUGAGUUUCUCCGACAUUUAUUAGAAAUAGUUCGAAAUGAAGAUCUACGAAGAUAUCAGAGUAUAAUUCUGAAGGAAGUCGGCCUGAGCGAGAAAACUAAACCAGAUUGUGUGGAGAAGGGUUUGAAGUCUCGCGUGAAAUUCUAUGGUAAUCAGGCAAGCACACGGUUACUGGGACCAGAAGCAGUGUUUCGUGGUGUAUUGGUAUCUACCCUCGAGUGCCUAGACUGUCAUCACUCCUCGCGACGCACCGAACCAUUCCUAGAUUUGAGCUUGCCUGUCACGGCAGACAAGCCGCAGCCACCACUCUUGAAAAGGAAAAAUAGCGAAUUUGAAGAUGUCUUUGAUAUGAUGAACAUUCAACAACGUGAUUAUCAAACAUCCGACAUGUCCUGGAAACAAUUAAAGAAAGAAAAGAAAGCUGCUAGAAAGAAUCGAAAGAAUAAAAGACAUGAGAAUCAUAACAAUUCUAACGUGUUAAUGGAUCCGAAUAAUCCCGCGGAAGAGAACAAUGAUAUUAUUCUGAAAUCAGGUAUAGCUCUUUUUUUUUUUCUCUUGUUAUAA